UGUAAGUGUUUUGAGUAUUUAAACUAUCGCGUAGUCAGUAGUUCUUCCUUCUUGGAAGUCUUAAGAGGUGUACAAAUUUAUUUUCAAACAUUUCUACGCCAGUUAUAUUAACACUACAAUGCCGUCCGAAUUGAAUAAAAUAAUAACUAUGAACGACGAACAGCUUAUUUCCAAAGUCGGUAAAAAUAAUGUCGAGAUAAUCAAGGAAUGGCUAUUAAAACAACCCCAUUUACCGGAAAUAUCAGGUACCUAUUAUACUUAUGUACAUGAAUUCAAUUGUAUAUUAAAUUAUAAUUGAACAAUUGCACGAAUUAUAAUUCAAAUAACGCAGUAAAGAAAUAAUUGUCGAGUUAACUCACGAUUUAAAAAACUACACAUUUAAUAUUUAGAUAAUAUAAUAAAUUGUAUACAGUUAUAUUUUUAGUAAAUCUGUCGCGUUUCGUUUGAAUAAUAAUUAAUAAUGUAGGUACGUGGUUUUACCUUACAUAAAUUAAAAUAUUUAUGCGGAGUUUAUAAUAAACUGUAUACCUAUGUAGUAAAUAUCUAAUAUUGAAUUUUUUUUAUAGACAAACAAUUAGUUAUAUUUUUAAAUUGCUGUCGGUGCAAUGUGGAAAACGCGAAAAAAAUGAUUGAUUCGUAUUACACGAUGAGAACCCAAACACCAGAGAUGUUCGCCAACAGAAAAAUCUCCGAAUUCUAUAAAACUAUAGAUUUAUUGUAAGAACUCAAAUUUAAUAUCAUUUUAACUAGUAUUUGUUAUUUAUAUAACCGUUAUGUUAUUUUGUAGCUAUUUUCAAAAAAUGCCGGUUCAACCUAACGGCUACCGAUUGGGAUUUUCGCGUCUGCGAGACUUCAACUCUAACGUUUUUAACACGUUAGACACCAUACGUCUAGUGUUCGCAAUGUGCGAUAUUUGCAUCAACGAGGAUCCGGUUGUCCCGGGGUGGAAACUCGUUAUGGACAUGACCGGUUUUUCCAUAGGCCAUUUAACUAAACUGACCAAUUUGACGAUAAUGAAAAAAUGCUUACACUACAUACAAGUAAAUUGAAUUGAUAUAUGCAUAAGGAUAAAGUUUUAUAAGCACCUACUAAUACAGGAUCUUUCACGAAGAUAUCAUCAUUGCGUUAUCUUGGAAAUUAUUAAAAUUUUCCGGAAUUUUUAAUUUUUUUUGAUAAUUUAUAAACAAAGAUCUUUAAAUUGUUAUAUUAGUUACCAUUAUUUUUUGUCACCCUCAGUUUUGAGAGUGAACCGAUUUUUGAUUUUCAUAUGGUAAACUAUAUAAAACAUUUGAAGUAGUGUUCUACUAUUAUAAUUGUAUAUACAUUUGAUUUCUCUACUUAUUUUACAUGAGUCUGUUCGAAGAGGAUGAUAUUAAAAUUUAAAAAGGUCUGAUAAAUUUUAUUAAUAGUGCUUAAUAAAAAAUAUAAAAUUACGCUACAUAUUAUAAUUAAACAUCUCCGAAAUAUUCAGAAAAUAUUAGUAAUAAUUUGAUAUUUUGUUUAUUAAAUUAUCAAUAAACAAAAAAAAAUCCGACAAAUGUUAUACUUUCCGAGAUAUAUCAAUGAGCAUAUCUUCGUGGGAGACUCUGCUGUAUAGCAACAUUACGUACCAAUAUUAGCGUAGGUUACAAUUGUUAUAACGCAAUACAAUAAGUAAUUCACCGCUGUUCUCCCACAAACUUAAAAUUAUUCAAUAAUAUAUAAGCAAAUUUUGUAUUUUCUUAGGCAGCUCUACCGAUGCGCCUAAUUGCUGUCCACAUGAUAAACGCUCCAUCGGUGGUCAAUCAGUUGUUGAUGUUCUUGAAACCGUUAAUGCAAAGAGAGCUGUAUUCUUUGGUAAGAAUAAUUAUACUAUCGUUUGCAUUUUUUAAACACGAUUAUUAUUUUAAGUAAGAUGUAAAAUGUAAAAUGUAGUGAUAAGAUUAUCUCAAACUCAAUCCAACAAUUUUAUUUCAGAUUUCAGUACACACCAUGAGCGAUAUGGACACUGUUUAUAAAUCAAUUCCUCAAGAAUAUUUUCCAAGCGACAUGGGUGGAAAAAGUCCAUCUUUGGAAGUCUUAAAAGGUAAAAUAGGUGUAAUACAAAAAAAAAACAGAAUUUUAUUUUAAAUAAUUUUAAUAGUGAUUCUUAAAUAUGAAAACUUUGAACUAAUAUAAAAUUCAAUCAACCUCAAUUAUUCUUGUUGUACAUAGAUGAAGCAAAGCAACUUUUAAAAUCAUACGAGAAAUUUUUCGAAGAUGAUGAUGAAUUCAACCGUGUAGACGAGAAUAAAAGAAUCGACAAAAAUCGAUUUAAUUCGUCGAGUUAUGGACUUGAAGGAUCGUUUAAAAAAAUAGAGUUUGAUUAAAUUUCGAAGAUUUUGGUCCAUGUACACAAGAGCGGUCGAACGGAAUGAUAUAACUCCCCCAUGAAACUUUUCCUCUCAAUAUUUAUAAUAACAAAUAUUAUAAUACGUAUUUGUCAAAAAAUAAAAAAAUAAUGAUAAUGAUAAUGUAAAUAAUAAUAAUUGUUAGAAAUGUUAAACAAUUUAUUUCAUCAUUCUCCCACCCUUCCCCUCGUGAUAUAAUUAUUUGACUGCCACUGCGUGUUCAUAAUACUUUACUGAUUAAUGGUGAAAAUACAUUUCUAAAUAAAGAUUGUCUUAAGGCUUUAUUAUAUUUAGAAUAUAAUAUAGGUUGAAAUAAUUUGGAAGUAAAAUACAAAAUGCUAACAGUGAUA